UGGGGGUGUGUUGGAAGGAAUGACCUCAAUGAAACAUGUUGGAGUAGAAAGCUAUAAAAUCGGAUGAAAAUAGCGCCAUUUUAGAUCUGAUUUUGGUCAAAUGAACUCAUUGCCUCCAAGAAAAGGUAGAAAACAUGAGUUCUACAAGGGAUCUUAAUAUUGCGUUCUCUGGAUGCGGUUUUUUAGGCAUUUACCAUCUUGGUGUCGUAUCUGGUCUGAAAGACAACGCGCCGGCUUUUCUUGAGCGAGUGAAAUGUUUUGGUGGUGCAAGUGCUGGUGCUUUUGCCGCUACGGCAUUACUGAUGGACCUAAACUUGUCAGGAAGUGCUGAAUUUGUCCUUCGUCUUGCUAAGAGAGCAAAUUCUUUGACAUUAGGACCACUCCAUCCACAGUUUCGUAUCGUAGACACUGUACGCAAGUCGUUUCAGAAGAUCUUGCCUGAAAAUGCUCAUGAGAUUGCCAGUGGACGGCUACACAUUUCUCUUACGAGAAUAUCUGACUUUAAGAACAUUAUCGUCUCUGAAUUUUCCUCAAAACAAGACUUGAUCGAUGCUUUACUAGCUACUUCUCAUGUGCCAUUUUACUCAAGCAUACUUCCUGCCAAGUUUAGAGGAGUGUAUUAUGUAGAUGGUGGUCUAACAGACAAUAUGCCUCAACACUUUGAGGGAGAAACAAUC